AAAAUGAAGGCUGCCGCAUUUUCGUCGGCGCGCUACGAGAGCCCGGAGGAAGCGCGCGGAAAGUUCCGUGUCGACGCAAUCUGGGACUGCAAUGCCCCGAAAUAUCGCGUCGCGUGUGGACAACUCCAUGUCACAAAGGCAACCAAGUACAUUGGAAUGACCCAAUUAUUUGUCAUCGCCCUCUUCUCGAUCUCACUUCUGUUCGCCUACACAUCAGCACUGAAAGUGGAAGACACGACGGAAGGAUCGAAAGAAUGGUCAAUCAACUACUACAUGGCCCGUUAUGUAUCCUCAUUGCUCUCAGCUCUCACACUUCAACUCGGACUCGUUCUCAUGAUGCUCCACGGAGUUCGUACCAACCGCCGAUCCCUUCUCAUUCCGUACAUCGCAUUUGCUGCCAUAGCCUUAUUCUUGGCAAUCUUCCAAAUAUCACUUGAUAUCAUCAACUUUGUGGAUACCAAGUCGUACCAGAAUAUGAAUGGAGAGAAUCCAGCUUCAGCCAUUCUUAUUCAUUUCACAGGAGUUCUCGUCCAUGUCUGGUGCAUGAAGGUUGUCUGCAAGUGCUAUUCGUUCUACGGAGACAAGAAUGUUGCUGAAGCUAUCGGCCAACAACUCCAAUCGACAUCAGUCGCCUUCGCUGUUGACUUCACUCGUCCACCACCAUACACUCGUCUUCCAACCGAUGUUCAACCCCUAACUCAAGCUUAAACAGCUCAUAAUAUUUUUGUCAUAUAUCUUAUCUGAUAUAAACCAUGACUAGAAAACCCCCCCAAAAUUCCCCCCAAACGUUCGACGAGUUGCUCUCCCAAUUUUCGUAGUAAUCAUUCAUCUCCAAAAAAAAAAGAAUAAUUUGAAAUACCAAAGUAGAUUCCUCACUUCUCAGUCAUCUUGUAUCCCCCAUCGACACACAUUUUGUACUACCCACCAUGAUGUUGCCCCGUUCUCUCCAUCCCACACACACACACUUGUCCAAACCCAAUGUAUAUUUCUCGGAAUAUCCCCGAUCUAAUUUAAUUCCCCUAUAGAUUCCUGUAUCGGGUGAUUUGUAUCAUUCGAAGAAGUUCUCCUUUGUCUCUCUCUCAAAAAACCAAUACAAACAUCAGCAAAGAUGCUAAUAAAUGUCAAUGAAAGGCGAAAAAAGAAACACUCUUGGGAAUAACAUUAAAUAAAAAUUCAUUUUUC